GAGGGAGGGGCAGGAGGCGGGGCGGCCCUGGAGGCGGUGCGUGGCCCCAGCCAGGAUCAGUCCCCUGCCAAGCCCUUGCCCAGGCCAGCCAGCCAGCCAGCCAGCCAGCCGGGGCGGCGGCGAGCGCGAGCCCGUGCCAGAGCCCGGCCCGCAGACCUGAGCCGCGGAGCCGCUAUUCGGCCCCGACCCCGGCGCGUCCUCCUGGCGGAACCCGCAUAAAUGUUCAACACAUUUCCUAUGAAGCAUAAGAGUCCCUAAUUGUGGAAGUAGCUCCACAAGCAUCAUUAACUAUCAAGUGAAGAAAAGUAUGAAAGAAACCUCUGGUUGAGUCUACAAUUUGAAGAUCACUGAAUCCACCCAAAGUCCUAGGAUGGAUCUGCAUCACAGUACCACCAUCACUUUUCUUGAGAAAUGGUGUUUGGAUAAGACACCCUCUGAUUGCAGGAGACAUUGUAAUGUCAGAAAAAAACUGAAGUUAAUUAGAAUCUUAGGCCUGUUCAUGGGCCUGGUAGCCAUUAGCACUGUCCCAUUUUCAAUCAGUGCCUUUUCUGAGACAGACACACUGAGUAAUGGAGAGGUCAACGGUGCAAAUGGCCCUGGGGUGGCACAAAGUUACCAUCAAAGAACUCUUUUAGAUUUGAAUGACAAGAUCCGGCUUUAUACACCACAGCCUCCUUCUUCUCAAGAAGGAAAAUCUGAAAAUAAUAAUACAAAUCAUGAGCAAGGAGACUAUCCAAGAGACCUCUUUUCCCUGGAGGAAAGAAGAAAAGGCGCCAUCAUUCUCCAUGUCAUUGGAAUGAUCUACAUGUUCAUAGCCUUAGCCAUUGUCUGUGAUGAGUUCUUUGUUCCUUCUUUGACUGUCAUCACUGAAAAACUGGGUAUCUCAGAUGAUGUGGCUGGAGCCACAUUUAUGGCUGCAGGGGGCUCUGCUCCAGAACUUUUCACAUCUCUCAUAGGGGUAUUUAUUGCUCAUAGCAAUGUUGGCAUAGGCACAAUUGUGGGCUCAGCCGUGUUCAAUAUCCUCUUUGUUAUUGGCAUGUGUGCUCUGUUUUCUAGAGAAAUCUUAAACCUGACAUGGUGGCCCCUCUUUCGGGAUGUGUCCUUCUACAUCGUUGACUUGGUCAUGCUGAUCAUAUUCUUCCUGGAUAAUGUUAUCAUGUGGUGGGAAAGCUUGCUUCUCUUAACAGCUUAUAUUUGCUAUGUGAUUUUCAUGAAAUUCAACGUCCAAGUAGAAAAAUGGGCGAAGCAAAUGCUAAAUCGCAAUAAAGUCGUCAAGGUGGCAACCCCAGAAGCUCAAGCCAAGCCAUCUACAACCAGGGACAAGGAUGAACAGGCUCUACCGGCUAAGCCACGUCUCCAGCGAGGUGGAAGUUCUGCUUCCCUCCAUAACAGUCUCAUGAGGAAUAGCAUUUUCCAGCUCAUGAUACACACCUUGGACCCACUUGCUGAAGAACUUGGAUCAUAUGGAAAACUAAAAUAUUAUGACACAAUGACUGAAGAAGGAAGGUUCAGAGAAAAAGCUUCCAUUCUGCACAAGAUAGCCAAGAAGAAAUGCCAGGUGGAUGAGAAUGAGAGGCAGAAUGGAGCUGCCAAUCAUGUGGAAAAAAUUGAGCUCCCAAACAGCACCAGCACAGAAGUUGAAAUGACAACACCCAGUGAUGCUUCAGAACCUGUACAAAAUGGAAAUCUUUCCCACACUGUUGAAGCUCCAGAAGCCCAGACCACAGAAACAGGGGAAGAGGAAGAUGACCAGCCCUUGAGCCUGGCCUGGCCUUCCACUACCCACAAGCAAGUCACCUUCUUGAUUGUGUUUCCCAUCGUGUUUCCUCUCUGGAUUACCUUACCUGAUGUGCGAAAGCCUGCUUCAAAGAAGUUUUUUCCCAUCACGUUCUUUGGCGCCAUCACCUGGAUUGCAGUAUUUUCUUAUUUGAUGGUGUGGUGGGCACAUCAGGUUGGAGAGACGAUUGGCAUUAGUGAAGAGAUUAUGGGCCUGACCAUCUUGGCUGCAGGGACCUCCAUCCCUGAUCUGAUCACCAGUGUCAUUGUGGCCCGGAAGGGACUUGGAGAUAUGGCUGUGUCCAGUUCUGUUGGAAGCAAUAUUUUUGACAUCACCAUCGGGCUCCCACUGCCCUGGCUCCUGUACACCUUAAUUCACCGACUCAAACCAGUGGCUGUGAGCAGCAAUGGCCUCUUCUGUGCCAUUGUCCUCCUCUUCAUCAUGCUGCUCUUUGUCAUCCUCUCCAUUGCCCUCUGCAAGUGGCGGAUGAACAAAGUGCUAGGCUUCACCAUGUUCGGCCUCUACAUUGUGUUCCUGGUGGUCAGCGUCCUCCUGGAAGACAGAAUUCUCGUGUGCCCAGUAUCCAUCUAGCAGGAAGUGCUAUAUCUUUAACCAGCAGUACGGAUGAUCCCUUCAACUCUGGGGUUCUAAGCUCCUUGCUCUCAGAAGAGGAGGCAGCUGACUGAUGGGUAGAGGUGGAGUGGGUUUACACAGGACCCACCCAUUUCCAAGGCUGCUUCCACCCUUGCCUGCUGAAAUAGCUUCACGCAAGAAACAAAGAGAACCACCUUUAGGGGGCUUCUCUUCAUUCACCACUGACAGGUACUCCUCGCUGGUCGGAGGUACAUUUGUUGUCAUUAUGCAAACAAUGACAGAGGCGAUACAUAUAAAAUAUACAUAUUAUAAAUAGAUGCACACAAAUCCAUCCCUGCCUGCUCCUGUAUUUAUACCUCUUUUUCCUUACCUAUAGAGUAAUACAAACCAGUAUACAGACACAAAAGUAAAUUAUAUAUGAAUAAAAUCAGAAAUAUAUAUAUACAAAUGCAUCUUUUCAGGGAUAGCUCUAGUAUAUUUAUAAUUAUUUAAAGAGGGAUAUCAACCUUUGGUCUGAGCUUUACCCUUAAAUGCAAGAAUGAACUAAUAGAAUUAUUGCUGUGAACUCCAGCUGAUCUUGGACUUACUGAGAUCCUGCCUGGGUAAGUGAAUGUUUUAGGGAAAUAAUUGCAGCAGGGAGGGCUUGGAAGAAAAGACCUUUGAGGUACUGAGUUAAACCUUCUAACACUCUUAGAAAGUUACUUGGGAAAAUUAGUUGGCCCCUCACAUUGGGGUAUUCUAUCUUAAAUUUAUUGAGUUACUUGAGACAAACAGGUAAAACCAGAAUGGGUGAACAUUGGUUGGAGGUCAGGGAGAAGUGACCAGGAAUUAAUUUUUGCGUGUUUUUUAAUAUAUCUAUAUAUAUAUAUUGCCCCAGCAUGCAAAUAGAAAAUAUGACUACAAACAAAGUUAGUGCUCUUCUAGGACAGCAGACUAUAUAAACUGAACCUAUCUUGUUCCAAUGCAUGACCCAUUAUCAUCAAAAGAGGGGGGGGCAAGUUUAGCUGUGCUUGUCAUUUAGAUAUAUUUUCAUGCUAAGGGCUCAAAUAUAAUUGAAAUGCCCACCAAAAGAGCUUGGGUAUAUAAUAUGAAACACCAGCCAGAAAACAGGGUCAGUGGCAAUGUGCCCUCUGCUGAGAAUGGAAGGGCACAGUUAAGACAGCUUCCAGUGUGGUCAGAAAAGCUUCAAUAAUGAAAAAAUGCAUUAUUCCUCCAUUAGAACUUAAUUGAGUUUGAAUCUAGAUUGCUUGGAUUGAGGCAAUGUGGCACAACUGGAAAGGCACUGCACACUAAGAUAGCCCCAGGGAAGGUCUCAGCUACUACUGUCUAGCUCUGUCAGGUCAAGAAUUUGGUUUAAGUUCAUGCAACAUCCAUGUCUCUCUGCUUUGGAUGACAUCUGAGACUCUCCAAAGAUGAUGGUUCUUCACAACUCUUUCUAUUCACUUUAAGCCAAUCACAUUAAGGCUUUAAAUUCUGAUUUUGCUCAGCAUUUAUGAGCUCUUUUAAUUUCAUUCUUUCAAUGCCUCCAAGUUCUGUUUGAGACCUAGUGUGAUUUCUCAGGCAUGUAACAGUAAGAAAAUAAAAACCAUGCAGGAAGAUGGACUGGGUUAUAGGGAAGUCAGAAAUAAGUGAACAAAAUAUAUGGACAAAAAUCUAUAUACAUAGUGUUUUUCAUUUCCUCACAACAUGCUUUCCUAGGCUGGAUGAGAGCUCAAAGCCGAAAAAUCAAAUUGGAAGCAUACUAAGACUUCAUAUUUGAUAUUUAGCAACUCCUGGUCCACAAAUAUCAGCACUGCAGGGCCUAAGAAAAACUGGACUACUGGAAUCUCAUAGUAGAGCCUUGAGGACCCCUGAGUACUAUCUAACCUCCCCCCCCCCAAAAAAAAUUGCUUUCUUUGUAGUCAGUGGGAAAAGUGACUAGAAGUUUAGCUCAUUCUUCUAUAUCCAUCCUAAAUCCUACAUCAACAUCAGCAAAUGUCAUAGACUAGACUCGACCUAUUGGGUCCUUGUCUCUAUCCUAUGGUAAUGCCAUUGCCCCCUAGGAUGUAGGGUUUGAGCACACAUCUCCACAGACAUGUAAUCAUAAUGCAGCUAGCAUCAUUGAAGAGAGGGAGGUAAAAGAACUCACAAUGUGGCUCAGAAUCCCUUCCACAAAAAUCUAAGCUGACUCCCUCAGGAACAAACAUGAUAGGCAGGACCCCACCUUGCUCCUCACCUAUAUACCAAGAGCACAUCUAAGGAAACCCACUGGGAAAGCAAGAUAUGCAAGGAUGCUAACCCCAAAAGACUCUCCUUCAAGUCUCUCCAACUUUGCAAAGUGGUGUUUUCAGUUGUAUGAAACUUGUAUCUCGUUCACCCUAAACAGGACAUUGUACAAAGUCAGGCACUUACGUUGUUUCCUUAGAACAAAAGUGAACCAGUAAAGGAAGUUGUAGUUUAAACCUUUUGGUGUUUGUGCCAUGGGUUACUUGAAAGGGAACAAAUCUGAAUACCUUUCAUUGACUAAUCUGUUGUCUGGAAGUUGACUUGAAUGGCUUUUGCUCAGGGCAGAAGGGACUUUAUGCAACAAGAAAGAAUAGAAGGUUCACAGUUCCUGUUUCUAGUUCAGCACCUCUUGAUCAUCUCCAGCCUCCUUACUCCUCCCCCUUCAUCCCAAACUCAUAAUAAAGACACUUCGAGUGUCCAUGAGCCUUUCACCUGCCUGGGACCCCUAGUAGGAGGGUUGUGCUCAUUCAUGAAAAUUUGCAUAGGAGAGGACAAUAUUUCCUAGCUUGGUUCCCACUUCACUGGUGUACAUUGGGCAUAACACAUGACAGCAUUGUCCCAUGGCUGGUUAUACGACCCUGCAGGCUUACUUUGGCUGCUACACCAGCUCCUUCUCUCUCCCACUUCUCUGAUUUCUCUUCAUUUUGUCUCUGGGAGCUUAUGUGUGAGCUAGUAUAAAUUCAGGAAGACGUGUGUAGGCAAUGAUGAACCUUUUACAAUAUCCAAAUCAUUAUCAUCAUUAUAAGAUAGCAUUUUCCCAAAUGAUGUUCUUAGUGGUGCUCUUAAUGAUGGAUAUCACAACAGCCUCUCCUACAUACCUGUGUUUAUGCACCAACAAGUGUGUGUCCUUGCACUGAAUCAAGAUAAACAUACACAUUCACACCUUUGUCCUUUGACCUAAUCACACUCAUACUUCAAAAAGGAGCAUUGUAUCUGUCAGAGUGAAUGGGAAGGGAAGACCACACAAACCAGCAGUCAAAUAUACACAUAUGCACUCAUGUAUAUUCCCUAUAGAUUGACAGCCCACCAUCUCCCUAAUACUGCUAUAUAUAUAUUAGAAACAAAUAGGUCGGAGGGGAAUUUAGACAAGAUGGUCUCUUUGCUUCCAUCAGGAGGGUGUAAAGUAAUAACAAAAAUUCAAGAGAACAGGAGAGAUGGCUCUACAGGCUAAGCAUAUGCUUUGCAUGCUGGAGGUCUGAAUUUGAUCUCCAACUCUUCAUGGUUCCCUGAACUCAGAAUAGCCCUCUCAAGACUAUUUGACCCCAACACAUUUUUCCCAAGUGGUCAAAGAGAUAGAACAGUGAAUAGGACACUUGCCUUACCCGGGUUCAAUCCUCAGCAGCAAAUAUUGUCCUCUGAGCACCGCCAGGAGUGAUCCCUGAGCACAAAGCCAGGAGUAAGCCAUGAGCUCUGUCGAUUAUGGCAAAAAUAAAAAAAAAAAUCCAAGAGCCAGGUUUUUCUUUUUCAAUCUAAAGCAAGCAAGCUGUACCAAAUGAUACAUUUACUUAUAGACAACCAAGAAAGUCUUGUUUGUCUUCCCUAGUAUCUUAGGCAGCUCCAGGAAAGGAGAGAAACAUAGUUCACUCAAGAAUGCUCUCUAAGAGAACCUGCUAAACUGCCUCUGAGAAUGUGCAUACUCUGUCCAGCUGUCUCCUGCGUCCUGGUAGCUCCUGAAGAACUGAAACUAGAAAUGAGACCGUUUGAUGCUUAAAUUAAGCCAGAUUGUGAGAGGUGGGAAGUCACACAACACAUGUGCAAAGACAAAGGGGUAAGCAGAAUCAGCAAGAUCCUUUUACAUCUUGCUCAGAUAUUAUAAAAAGAGGCAGAGGGAGCCAGAGAGAUAGUACAGUGGGUAGGGCACUUGCCUUACAUGCAGCUAUCUCAGGUUCAAUCCCCACCAUCCCACUUGGUCCCCCAAGCACCAACAGGAAUAAUUCCUGAAUGCAGAACCAGGAGUAAGCCCUGAGCAUUGCCCGGUGUGAUCCAAAAAUUAAAAUGAAAAAAUGAAAGAGACAAUUAGAAUUUGUUUUCCUGGGAAAACAUAAAUUGGGUAAUUUUGGAGCCCUUGCAGCAAAACACUGUAGUUUUGUUCAGAAAAUAUAUGAUAAUAUGAAAAUACAUCCACUCUUGGGAAGAUAGGGAUUUUAUAAACUCCCUACCAUUGCUCUUAAACUCAUCUUCAGGAUAAUAAAAUAUGUAAGAAGAUAGAAAAUAAGUCCUAAAAGGAAUUCCAGACCUCACUGACAGAAAAAAUGAGCAAAAAAAAAAAAAAAAGACCAAGGAUGGAAUUGCUGGUUUUAUAGAAAGCUGAUGAAAAUGGGACUUCUGUUAAAUAUUCUGCCAGAAUUACUGGGUCAGAAUGUCUACCCUGGAUCUGGUAAUCUAUUUGAAUAUAAGCAUUUCAGAAAUUCAGUAUGCUUUCUUCCCUAUAGAAAGAGAAAGGGGACUGGGGAUUUGAGAAACUAGCUCCCGAACAGAUAGUUACUUCAAUAAUUAAGUGGCCAUAUUAUCAGGAGCAGCUCUGCUUCAGAAGAAAUAAAUGAAAACUGUUCUAAGGGUGAUUCUAAGGGUGGAAAAUUCAACUGUCUCCUGAAAGCUCAUUAUAGAAGUUGAUGCUCAUUUUCUCUAAAGCAGUUCUUACAUAACCCCCUGACUUCAUGUUUCUAAGACACAUCUUCAUCUCUAUACUUCCCUUGGCAAAAUUGUCUUCAAUUAGUAAGUAAUGGCUUGUCUUCAAGAGAAAGUUAGUGGAAAGUAAAGAAUGAAAAUAGAAGUGAAUAGAAGUAAAGAGAGAUGAAUUUACUUCUCUGGGAAUCCCAACAAAGCAAAUGUCAUGUUGAAAUAUAUGCCUAUAUGCUUUAAAAUAAUCACAAAUGUCAAAUUUUCUUUUAACCAAUUACAAUUUUGGUUCCAGAAUUUUGUAGAGUUUUCUUCUCUUUCCCAAAACCAUUGAGAAAGAAAGAUAACAUGCUCCUGCCACACUGUAUAUUUAAGUCUAAGUCUAGCUCCUUCCAUCGGUUUCUUCAUAUUUUUUAAAUCACACAACUUCACACUCAAGGAAAUAUAACAAAUGAUAGUAGUAAUAAAGGACACUCCUAUAGCAGUCAGACUCCAUCACUUACCAUUACAUGCACACUAUAUAUAUGUAUACAUUUAUAUUAAUAUCAAUGGGAGCUUUGAAACUACACAACUGUGGCCCUAUGAGAAUGUGGGUACAUAUGGAAGUUAUAGUUGCACUUGCUUGCUAUAGAAAUAACAUACUUUUCAUUGGGACCCCAACCCAUUCAUAUGAUGUAUUCACAUCACUUUACAUGCUUUCUUCAUACAUAGGGUGUCCUCACUCAGAACCAUCUAGAUUUCAUAGUAAUAUUUAAACUGCCUAGUGAGUUUUCUUUCAAAAAGAGUAAAAGAGACAAUAAAUAGAUAGCUCCUUGGACUGAGCAUAUCAUUUGCAUGUAGAAGAAUCUGGUAAUCACCAGUGCCACCUGGUUCCCCAAGCACCAUCAGGUGUAUCCCCAAAGAAUAGAAAUGUAAAAGGUGAAAGAGGACUAUAAAGAACAAAUGAAUCCACAAGUCAACUCAUUUUUAGAUAAAUGACCUUGAAUAGACAAAUGAUUGAUAGAAAACUAUGAUCAAAGAAAUGAAAAUAGUGGAAGAGUGUGUGUUCAUUCUUGCUUGAAGAAUGAGCCAGCAAAUUAUCUAAGCCAAAGCAUUUUCACUAAAUGAUUGAUAAGCAGCUUUUCAAGAAUUGUCAAAAAACAUAAAUACCUGAGUCUGAAAGAACAGCAUGGAGUUUGCAUAAAGCUUGCCAAAGAUUUGAUUCUGCCAAGAGAGUUUUCCC